AUGGGAGCCGGGAGUAGCACUUGGACUCACCACCUCCUGCAACUGUUCUUCCCGGUCCUCGUCGUCGCCACCAGCAGCAGCAGCAGCAGCAGCCAUACCACCACCAUCAACAUCACCAACCGAUGCUCCUACACCGUGUGGCCGGCCGCCACACCCGUGGGCGGCGGCGUGCGGCUGGACCCAGGCAACACCUGGGUGCUCCAAGUGCCGGGAAACACCCAAACCGGUUGUUCAUUCGACGGCCCCGGCAACAAGUCCUGCCAGACGGGUGACUGCGGCGGCGUGCUGGCAUGCAAGACAAGCGGCCAGCCACCCAUAACGAUGGCAGAGUUCACCAUGGGUGGCUUCAACAGCCUGGAUUUCUUCGACAUCACCGUCGUCGACGGCUUCAACGUGCCCAUGGACUUCCUGCCGGUGCCAUCCAAUGGAUCGUCGGGGUGCAGCAGGGGGGCGCGCUGCCCGGCUGACAUCACGUCGCAGUGCCCCAAUGAGCUCAAGGUGCCUGGGGGUUGCCGCGGCGCCUGCGAAGUCUGCAACGGCAGCACGGUAAACAGUAACACGGUGUUCUAUGUGCGGAUGUGCCCUGACGCCUACAGCUACUCCCUGGAUCAAGGUCCGAUCAUGUAUAAUUGUCCUUCAGGAACAAACUAUCAGAUCAUUUUAUGUCCCCCUGUUGAUCUUAUAUCUUUAUCUCCACCUAUUCCAAAUGGAACAAGUAGCAUCACAUCCUCCGCAAAAUCCAAGAAAGGACGCAUAUUUGGUUUUGUUCUAGGUGGAUCUCUAGGUGGUUUCUUUUUUGUCACAUCCUUCAUCCUGUUCAUCUUGGUGCGUAGACGACGAUUGCAGCGGCGCCAAAAGAUGCAGCAGGAAGAGGAGGAAGCAGAGUUUGAGAGGCUACCAGGGAUGCCUAGGAGGUUCACAUUUGAGCAGCUGCAAGAAGCAACUGAUCAGUUCAGAGAGAAGCUCGGGGAAGGAGGAUUUGGGUCCGUUUUCAAAGGACAUUUUGGUGAGCAAGCAAUCGCGCUCAUCGACCGGGAUAAGAGCCAAGUGAUUACAAGAAUGAGGGGCACGCCGGGAUAUUUAGCGCCUGAAUGGUUGACAUCGCACAUCACAGAAAAGGCCGAUGUAUAUAGCUUUGGUGUAGUGGUGAUGGAGAUCAUUAGUGGAAGGAAGAACCUGGACACUUCUCGGUCUGAAAAGAGCUUUCAUCUUAUUACCUUGCUGGAAGAGAAGUUGAAGAGUGAUCGGUUGGUUGAUUUGAUUGAUAUGUGCAGUAGUAGUGACAGUCAGGCACACAAGCAAGAAGCAAUUCAGAUGAUGAAGCUCGCAAUGUGGUGUUUGCAGAUUGAUUGCAAACGAAGGCCCAAAACGUCUGAGGUCGUAAAAGUCUUGGAAGGCACUAUGAGUGCCAAAACUGACAUAGAUCACAACUUUGUCGUGACAAAUCCAGCAAGCUUUGGUGCUCCUGGAAUUGUGGGCAUGUCAGCUCCACCUCUAGCCUCAGAAGUGUCAGGCCCAAGGUGA